CCACCCCCUACUGCUGCAGGCUUCCUCCCUUCGUCCCUCCAUCCUCCCCCCCUCCUGGCCCACAUCCCUCCCUCCUGCAUCCCUCCCUCCUGCAUCCCUCCCUCCAUCCCUCCCUCCUUCCCUCCCUCUGCCUGCGCAGAGCCACGGACAUGGCGCUCAGCAAUUUCCUCUUUGCUCAGUGCAUCUGCUAUUUCCUGGCCUUCCUCUUCAGCUUCAUCGUGGUGGUGCCGCUCUCCGAAAAUGGCAAUGACUUCCACGGUCGGUGCCUGCUCUUCACUGAGGGCAUGUGGCUUAACGCCAACCUGACGGUGGAGAGACAACGCUUCACCGUGCAGGAGUGGGGGCCCGAGGCCGCCUGCCGCUUCAGCAUCUUCACCGGGCUCCUCUCCCUGCUGCUGGCCACAGUACAGGCCUGGAGGACCCUCUUCUUCCUCUGCAAAGGGCACGAGGACUCUUUCUUUUAUGCCUUCCUGAAUCUGCUGAUCAGCGCCUUUGUGGUUUUUAUCACAUUUAUUGCUAGCACUAUAGUGAGUGUAGGAUUUAACAUGUGGUGUGAUGCAAUUACCGAAAAAGGAAGCAUGCCAAAUAGCUGUGAAGAAUUACAGGAUAUAGAUCUUGAACUGAACUUAGAAAACUCUGCUUUCUACGACCAGUUUGCUAUUGCGCAGUUUGGUCUCUGGGCUGCCUGGCUGACUUGGCUGGGAAUUACCAUUCUGGCUUUCCUGAAGGUUUAUCACAACUACAGACAGGAGGACCUGCUAGAUAGUCUGAUCCAUGAGAAGGAGCUGUUGCUAGGAAGAUCCUCUUCACGAACCUCUUUGCAAGAUGAGAAAAGUGGCAUGAUCUAA